GCAUUUUGUAGCAGAGUGGCAGCCCCCUCUCUUCCAUCAUCCGUUAGAGGAAGAAUGUCUAGUUUGGUUUUUGUAUUUGCGUUAUUUGUAUUUCUCCAACGUCCUCUCUCGUGCUUGUCAAACUCCCAAGUUGACGCUCUGUCUGCUUUGAGAAGCCGUCUUUCUGACCCGAAGAACGUACUGGAGAGCUGGGACACUUCUCUCGUUGAUCCUUGUACUUGGUUCCAUGUUACCUGCGACUCCAACAACAACGUCAUUCGCUUAGAUUUGGGCCACAAUGAUUUAUCUGGAACUUUGGCCCCAGAACUUGCCCAGCUAUCCUCCCUCCAGUACCUUGAGCUCUAUGGGAAUCAAAUAAGUGGGACCAUUCCUGAGCAACUUGGUAACUUGAAGAGCCUUAUUAGUAUGGAUUUGUAUGAUAACCUAUUGGAAGGGAAUAUCCCAAACUCAUUUGGCAACUUAAAGUCACUCAAAUUCCUACGCCUAAACAACAACAAGCUAACAGGAUCUAUCCCAAAAGAGGUCAUUGAUCUUAAUCUCCAAGUCCUUGAUGUUUCUAAUAAUAACAUCUCAGAAUCACCAGCAGAUGGCAACUUAAUUUGAAUCAUUCCCGAAGAAAAAAUGUAUAGCAACUGUGCAAUUCUUGAAUCAUUCCCGAAGAAAAAAUGUAUAGCAACUUAUGCUUGCUACAAAUCUAGCAUGUCAUACUUGAAUGUGGAUGUAUCUAAUAAAUAAAGAGUUGCGCUGUUCAUACAUACUUAUUGCUCUUAAA